AUGUCGCGCCGUUGGAACCACCAGGCCCCCGAUCUUCCUUGGAUUGGCAACACUGCUCCUCAGGAGUCUCGGCCUGGAUCCCCGAGCACUCGCCCCCGUCCCCGUCCCCGUCCUCAGAACCCUCUCCCUCCCGGUCCCCAUCCACGAAACCCUCUUCCUCCGGCCUAUGCCCUCCCCAUGCGUGCCGCUGUCCCUCCCGUUGUUCCUCGUGAGGCACCCACUGCACGGCCCCGCUCCGAGGAUGCCACGCCAAGAGAGCGUCGCGCGGCGGGCAUCCGAAGCGCCCAAGAUGUCGAGCAAGCCGCCCUUGAAGAGCUCGAGCGCGAAGACGAAGAGCUGCGGGCUCGUGGGAUACAGGGUUGGUCGCAGACCAAGAGGGGCCCCAACGGCGAGCUGCUUGUCCGUUCCCAGCAGCAAUUUGGGCUCGAGAAUGGCUCCGAGAGCCCCAGCAAGAUCAGAAUCUGCAUCACCCGCAUGAAGGACGGGAAGCGGGAGACCAAGACCAUCGCCCUGAACGACCUACCCGACGUUGAAAUGCUGAGCGACGUUUUCACUGCCUCUGCUCCGCAUACGGAUACGAUCAGGAUCUUCCGCAACGCCAUGGGGAUGUGGUGUCGCGGAGAGAACAAGCAGUGGAUGCCAGAGCAGAUCUUCCCCGAGAAGAAGGAGAAGAGGGACGAGGUCAUUGCUCCCAUGUCCGUCUCUGAGGAGUUCCUGGUUCCUGGCGAGCAGACCGAUGUGCGAUCCUUGACGUCGAAUGGUCACUUCAUCCACCAUCAUCCACCCCCCGGAAUCGGCCUCGGCUGGGGUGACUGGGAUCUCUACACCGAGUGGCAGGCGCAUGGGCGGUCUGUGGACAAGACUUGGGUCCCAAGGGGAGACUGGAAGCCCAAGGUUGAGGGAGAGUUUGUUUUUGUCGCUGACAGCGACGAUCCCUCUGCCGAGAUUAUUGUAGACAGGGUGAUUGUGCGGCCGGACUACCGGAAUGCGCAGCGAAACAUCGAGGGCGCAGGGGGUCAUCAGAGAGCCUCAAGCUGGGAUGGCCCGAUAACCAGCGAGGGGGAGCCCAGGGAUGGGCUCGAGGAGGUCAGGCAGCCCGAGGAGGUCAUGGAGGGCAAAGAGGUCAAGGAGGUCGAGGCCAAGGAGGUUGGGGUCGAGGUGGCCCAGGCCAGGUCAAUCGAGGUCGGGGCCAAGGAAGAGGAGAUCAAGGUCGAGGCGAUCGAGGAAGAGGAGGUCGGGGUCGAGGACGAGGAGACUUCCAGCAAUUUGUCCCAUGGUAGAUGCACCACUACCACGACGCUCCCCGCCUACGUCUUUGCUUCGGACACACUUGGAAGUUCAGUUGCUGGACAAACGACAAUGCUUCUCUACUCGUAUGCCUAG